GGCAGGGGGGGCUGCUGGUGCUGCUGGUGGCGGCCCUGCUGCGAGCGGAGGUCAGCUGGUGGCUGCAGGAGGAGGAGGAGGGGCUGCUGGGGAGGGCGGCGGGCGAGAGAUGGUGCUGGCUGGCGGACAGGGCGGGCAGGAGCUGUGGGCGGAGACGGUUCGCUGCAUAGGCCGCCGCACCGGCCUCAAGUACCGUGUUGAUGUGAGCUACGGCACCGCAGCAGCAGCAGCAGCUGGCGAAGCGGGAGGGGCAGCGGUGGCGUCGAGGUCCCGAGGCGGGGCGGCAGCUGCUGCUGCUUCUCUGGGGGCGGCGACAGCUCCCUCGUACGCCAUCCGGUUCAUGGGAAUCGUGCGGGACGAUCACCGACAAAUGUCGCUGUCCAUCUGCGAGGCCGGAGUGGGCAGCGGCACCGCCAUCCCCACCCCAGCCUACGAGGCCCGCUCCCUCGCCCUCUCGGCCACCUGCAUAUCCUGGUCACCCGCCUUUUGCACGGCAAUCACCUCAGCUGCUGCUACUGCCGCUGCCGCAGCUGCUACUACCAGUGGACAAGAUCAUCCGCCACCGGCGGAAGUGCUCGCAGCUGCUGCCACUGCUACUGCCGCCACUGCUGCUGCCGCCACUGCUGCUGCUGCUCCGCCGGCUGCUGCCCAACCCGACGGUGUGGCUCGCAGUUGUGUGCUGGCGGUGGCUAACAAGCUGGGGCAGGUGGUCAUGUGGCGUCUGGACCUGCCCGCAUCCUACUCGCACAAGCAACAACAGCAACAACAGCCGCCUGCGGAGGGUGAUGGCAGCGGGAACAGCAGCAGCAGUAGUGGUAGCGGGGUGCGGCUGCACUGGAUGGGUGCGCUGCAGGUGCACAGCGGGGGGGCACAUGUGCUGCGGACGGCAUGGUGUGUGGCGCCGGAGGGAGCUGCAGGAACAGCAACAGCAGCAGCGGGAGCGGGAGCGGGAGCGGAGUGGUGCCAGUGGCGGGUGCCGCAGCCGCACUCCGCCGGGCCGCGGGACAGCAUCAUGCUGCUGACAGGCGUGAGCGACGGCUCCAUCCUGCUUUGGUCCGCACCCGCCGCCUCCUUCACACGUGCCAGCGACAUGACCCUGCUAGCGCAGCUGUGUCCGCCGGACGGCCUGGCGCCCACCUCGCUGGACUGCACCUGGCUGCCACUGAGCAGGGUGCGGCGGGGGGAUGACGGUACCGGCUUGCAACACGGUACUGCAGCGGCAGCGGCGGGAGGGGCAGGAGCAGGGGAAUCACCGGCUGUGGUAAGCGGCGGCGAGACCCCGAAGCAAAAGCAGCAGCAGCAGCGGAGAAGGAGUCGGCGGCUGGGACAGCAGCAGCAGCAGGCGGCGGAGGUGGAGGUGGAGGAGCAGGGUGCUGCUGGGGAGGCUAACGGAGGUGCCGCACCGAUGGACGUAGACGGUGAGGCUAACGGUGGCGAUAAGAGGACCGUGCAGCAGCAGCAGCAAGAGGAGGAGGACGAGGAGUGGGAUGAUGCGACAUGGGCCUCAGAAGCCCCCGUAGAGGGACCCAUGGGUCGGCGGCUGCUUGUCGCCGCCUCCAAGCCUUGCGGCGCUGUCUUCGUGUGGCGCAGCGGCGUCUGGCGGCGGCCUUCCGGGUGUCAUUGGGAAGCAGCCCGAGUCGGCGGCGUCGCUGGCACAGCGGCGGACGGAAAGCAUGGAGAGGAGCAGGACGACGGAUCUGUGACGGCGGCGGGGCUGGCGGCGGCUUGUACGACAAGCGGCGGCGGCGCCAGCUGCUUGUUGCCCGGAGCGCACGGCACCCACCACGCCAGUGGCGUUGCGCUCGCCGCCGGCAGGCCGCUGGUCGUCUCGGGCGGCGUCGACGGGGCCGUCAAAUGCUGGAAGGUUUCGGAGCUGAAGCUUCCGCCGUCGCCGCUGGCGGCGGCGCCGCUGCCGCCGUCGCUGCGGCGACGGCCGCUGGCGCUUGUGUUGACGGAGGUGCCUGACGGCAUGCAUCGCUUGGAUCCAUGCAGCGCGGGUCUGCCCGCGUUGUCCCGUCAGGUGCGGACGCUGCCGCUUAGCCGACAAGCCGUACAUGGUAUUGCCGCCAGCGGCAACGGCCUGGUCUUUGCCGUACUGCGAACCACCUCGCCACGUCAGCUCGACAUUGCCAAGAACGUCAUGAUCCACGGCCGCGUCCUCGGCGGCACCGUACAUUUGUUGACGCCGUACGGCAUGGGAGUCGAGUCAGCGGCGGCGGCGGCGGAUGCCGUGGCGGCGGCGCCACUGGCGCUGCCGCCGCCAGGGCAGCUCGCCGCUGGCUUGUUGUACCAGGCGCCGACGGCGAGCAGCCUGUGGGACGUGCAUGCGUUGAUGUUGCGGGCGGGUCUAGUUGCGGCGGCGGCGACGCCACCACCUCCCGAGGACGCCUGGGAGGCUAAGGACUUGAGGGAAGCGACGGCGGCGGAUGACGCAGCGGCGUUGCAGCAGCUGCAGGGCGGGG